AUGGGACGAUGCGCCGCGAUCAUCCCCAUCAUGAGAAUUGAGCACGCAUCGGUGAAGAGAGCUCGCGAUGAUACCGCUGUCGAGGAGCCAGCCAAGGCUACGACGCCCGCGAAGAAGGUGAAGAAGGCCGUAGCCUCACCCGCCGCCAAGGUCGUCGCGAAGAAGGUUGAGAAGAAGGCCACGCCAGUGGCGAAGAAGUCUCCUGCCCCUAAGGCGGCAGCCAAGCCUGCAGCGAAGCCUGCCGUCAAGGCGGCAGCGAAGAAGCCGGCGCCGAAGAAGGCGGCUAAGGAGAGCAGCGACAGCGAAGACGAGGACGAGAGCGAGAGCGAGAGCGAGGAGGAGGCUCCUGCUAAGCCCGCCCCUGCCAAGCCUGCCGACAGCGACACCCUAAGCGAGGAAGAGUCUAAUGAGUCCUCAGGGGAGGAGGCUCCUGCUAAGCCUGCCCCUGCCAAGCCUGCCGACAGCGACACCCUAAGCGAGGAAGAGUCUGACUCGUCUUCAGAGGAGGAGGCUCCCGCAGCCAAGGCCCCCGCAGCCGCCGCUGCUGCUAAGAAGAACGACUCUGACACCAACAGCGGGGAAGAGUCUUCCGAAGAGGAAUCUUCCGAGGAGGAAGCGAAGCCCGCUGCCGCCGCUGUGAACGGAGCUAAACCCAUGGAAGAGGACAGCGACGACGAUGAUGAUGAUAGCAGCGAGGAGGACUCUGACGAGGACGAGAAGAAGCCCGCGGCUGCUGCGAAGAAGCCUCCCGCCAAGGCUGAAGAGAGUGAUGACGAGGAGGACGAUAGCGAGGAUGAGGAUGAGAGCGACGACGAGGACGACGAGAAGGAGAAGGCUGCCGCUGCUAAGAAGGCGCCGGCUGCUGCCGCUGCCAAGAAAGACGAUGACGAUGAUGAUGAUGAUGAUGAGGAUGAUGAUGACGAGGAGAGCGACGAGGAUGAUGAUGAUGAGGAGGAGGAGGAGGAGGAGGAGGAGGAGGAGGAGGAGGAGGAGGAGGAGAAGCCUGCUAAGAAGGUCAAGGCUGAGGCCGCCGCGCCCGCCGCUGCGCCCACCACGCCCUCGACUCCGGGAGAGGAGGAGAUCACGACGCUCUUCGUGAAGAAUCUCCCCUUCUCCGCCGACCAGGACACCAUCGCGGAGUUCUUCGCGGACUGCGGCGAGGUGUCGGACGUGCGCAUCGCCAUGGACAAGGAGACGGGCCGCGCGCGCGGGUUCUGCCACGUGGAGUUCGCAACUGGUGACGCCGCCAAGAAGGCGCUGGAGAAGAGCGGUCAGGAGCUCAUGGGACGCGCGCUCUUCUGCGACCUCGCGGGCGGCUCAGGCGGCCCAGGCGGGGCCCGUGGCGGGCGCACGCCGCAAUCUGGCGGCGGCCGAUUUGGUGGCCGCGGCGGUGGCGCGGGUGGCUUUGGCGGUGGCGGAGGGUUUGAGCGCGCGCCACGUGACGACAGCAACACGGUGUUUGUGAAGAACUUCGACCGCUACCAGGACGAGGACACGAUCCGCGGACAGCUGUCGGAGGUGUUCGGUGACUGUGGCAAUGUGGUGGGCGUGCGCAUCCCCACCGACCGCGAGACCGGUGGCAUCAAGGGUUUCGCGUUUGUGCAGUUUGAUUCGGCAGAGGCGGUGGCCAAGGCGGGCGAGCUCAAUGGCACGGACUGCGGAGGCCGCUCUCUCGUGGUUGAUGCUUCUGCUGGUGGUGGUGGCGGCGGCGGUGGCAGGGGCGGCGGUGACAGGGGAGGGUUCAGGGGUCGGGGCGACCGAGGCGGUGGCUUCAGAGGCCGGGGCGGCGACAGGGGAGGAUUCCGGGGCAGGGGUGGUGACCGGGGAGGUCGGGGUGGUCGUGGCCCGCCACGUGCCAAGAUCAACCUUGCUGCCCCAGGCACAGGCAAGAAGACCACUUUUGAUGACUGA